AUGUCCCACAGUAAAGAGUCGUUCGAUGCGUCUCCCCCUGACGCCGAAGAGGGUGACACCCUCUGGUCGACUGUCCUUGGCACUCUGACCAUCGAGCGGGAUCAGCUCUUGAGCGCUGCCAUGCUCACGUCCACGAGCACGCAGACAUUUGCUGGCCUCUUCGGGGCCGUCGUGGCCACAUUUCUUGUGGACAGCUAUAAGCAGCUCUCGCCGCCCGACAAUUCAAGCUUGGCGCAAGGCGUCAACAUUACCAACACACUCCUCUCCCAGCUCCUUCUCGCGCAAAAUAUUACCCCUCAGGGUCUUGUCGACAUAUCUCCUCCGUUCACCGUUCGAAAAAUGGAUAAUAUAAUUAAUACUUUAUUUGCUUCAGCUCUAGAGCUCGCCCUGAUCUCGGCGCUGUUGGUCAUGAUGGUGCUCGACUGGCAGAGCGAUGCUAUUCGCAGCCAAGCUCGCCCAUCCAUUGAAACCAUCGAACGUUAUAGCCUGCGCCGGCUGCACAUUUACGAAGCGCUCGAACAUUACGGCGUGGACCGCAGCGCUACGUUCAUCUUCGGCUUGAUGCAUCUUGCCGUCAUGCUCUUCUUACUUGGCUUAUGUCUUACUCUUCAACCCUCUCAGACGUUUACUGGAGCCAUGGCUUCGGCGAUCUCUGGCCUGGCUUUAUUUGCCUAUGUUCUCGCGAGUUUGAUCCCCCUGAUCGACCCUCAGUGCCCUUACUACACCCCGCUAAGCUUUAUAUUUCACAGCCUCAUCUACGGCGGUACCUCAGUCGUUGCAUUCAUCGUCUUGAGUGUGGCGAAUCUCAUUGCUGCAUUGGGCAGCUGGGUGAGGAACGGCGCUAUCGUCCUAAGUGAUGCCAGUCCUCGGCCUUUUCUUCGAUACUUGAAGGCACCGAUACUAUCCGCUCGAAUCGCAGGGCCUCUCAUGGUGGCCGUUUUGUCUAGGAAAUCGAGCGCGGAGCUCGACCAGAUCUCGGCACGCAAGUUCGCUCCACCUUCGAGUCGGAAGACCCUCUCCGGACGCCAAUUGAAGUACCUGGCAACGCGCGUCAAGGCGCACCUCGUACGGAGCCCGGAGGCCAUGAGGUACCUCGCCCGCGCAAAACUCGAUAUCAAUCGUGAUGGGGUGUCAGAUAUCCUUGUCAAUUUACGAAACACUAGAGCUGCCAUGGAGAAUCUCGUCGUCGCUUUUCGCGACGUAGACACUGUCUACGCCGCUGAGGGCUCUGUUCGGCUCCUGCAGAUGUUGCUAUCGGCCGAUAACCCCGCGGACCUGCUUACACAGGCGCGCAGUAACCAGGACGCACGGUGGAGACACAUGGCGCCCAUCCUCGAGACGUUCCCUGCCUUUGCCCAGCGGGUCGGCCGACAGUGCGCUCAAGCUCUGCGCCAACAAGAUAGCACCCUGCAUGCUGCGGUUGCCAGCCUGCGUUGGACGCUCAUCUUCUCCCUGGGUAACAUACAAGGACGCCCGUAUGAGCCAGAGCAUCCGGGCUUCACGGCCUGGAACAACAUUCGAUCUCUGCUCACAAGUUUGAGCGCCGUUGAUGGCCUUAGGAUGUGCAAGGUGUCCUCGGGCGAUCACGAGAACCUGGACGAUCUCUUCGGGAACCUGUGGGUGGAUCCCCGCCUUGAGUUGGCCUCCCGCAACGCGUUAUCGCUCUUGAUGGCUGUGGACAGUUGUGGCUGGAGUCCGGGCGCAUGGCAAAAGCCCGACGAGACCUACGUACCCACAGGUAGCCCAGGUAUGUGGGAUUGGCGUCGGGCCCUUCCAAGCCGCAACGAAAGGAGCGAUAUGGCGCAGGACUACAUUGACGUCCGAGACGAGCUGUGGAAGGCCGCGGCGCCAUCGGCAGGACCCGAUGCCUCGAAUGUUGCAUCAUGCGCGCUCCGAGCCUUGCACGAUCUUGAGACCAUCGUCAAGAAGCCAGAAGGACGCGCCCCAUCGAUUGCUGAAAGCCGCACGUCAGGUCGCCUUUCAGAUGGCCCCUCACAUGAACGACCUGUUCCUAGCCCCUCGUCCGCAUAUGGGUUGCCUUUCCACCAAAGCGAAGAUCGUCCCGACGAUGAGGAGACGAAGCUUCUUCCGAGUGGGCGAACGGGGAACGUAUCGCCUCUUUACCUCAAAUAG